UCACGGAACAACAAUCGCGGGAAACUGCGGCUGCAGCAGCCGUGCUGUGGGGUUCCUGCGUUUCAUGAGCACUGUUAGUUUUAUUGUCGUUCAAAAUGGGACACUUGAAAUUUAUUGAAGUGGAAAACUUCAAGUCUUACAAGGGCAAACAGAUUAUAGGACCUUUGAAGCCUUUCACGGCUGUCAUCGGACCUAAUGGAUCGGGCAAAUCCAAUUUUAUGGACGCCAUCAGUUUUGUCCUCGGUGAGAAGAAGUCGAGCCUUCGUGUCAAGCGAUUGAGCGACCUAAUUCAUGGAGCUCCUAUAGGGCAAAAAGCCGCAUCGUACGCCAGAGUAACCGCGGUGUUCAACCACGACGACGGCGUCGAAACGCGGUUCACUCGUAUUGCUGGGGACAGCUCAGAAUAUCGCAUAGACGAUUCGGUUGUGUCGCAAGACCAGUACUUGAACAAACUGGAAUCUAUCAGCAUAAACGUGAAAGCUAAGAACUUCCUCGUGUUCCAAGGAGACGUGGAAACAAUUGCAAUGAAAAACCCCAAGGAACGAACUGCACUGUUUGAAGAAAUCUCCCACUCGAUAGAACACAAACAAGAGUAUGAACAGUUGCGAAAGGAGAUGAUCAAGGCUGAAGAAGACACGCAGUUCUCUUACCAGAAGAAGAAAGGUAUAGCGGCUGAGAAGAAAGAAGCGCGCCUUGAAAAGGAAGAGGCUGAUAAGUAUCAGCGCUUGAAGGAAGAUCUGAGUGAAAAGCAGAUACGUUACCAAACAUUUCUGCUGUACCACGUGCAGCAGGAGGUUGAGCGCGUUGCCAGAGAACUGAAGUCGCGCAGUGCUGAGCUGGAAAAGCACUGCAAUAAGCGCACUCGCAUUGAGGACGAGGUACGAGACAGGAAGAAGGAGAUUGGCCGUGUCCAGCGUGAGCUGGCUAAGCUGGAGCAGCAGUACCGGGAAGCGGAUGUCGAGCUGAAUAAAAAGAAGCCGGCAUUUAUCAAAGCUAAGGAGAGAACGGCUCACAUGCAGAAGAAGCUAGAGGCAGCGAGAAAAUCUUACAGAGCAGCUCAGAAAGUAGAUGAAACGCACCAAGGUGAAAUAGCUGAACUGGAGAAAGAGCUGGCAGAUGUUACCCGGAGGUUUGCAGAGUUUGAGCAACAGCUCAGUGAAGAAUCUCAGAGCCAAGGUCGUGACUUUGCCCUAGAAGAUACUCAGCUGAAAGAAUACAACCGGCUGAAAGAAGAAGCGGCACGCCGGGCAUCUCUGCACCUGCAGGAGAUGGAUUCUGUCAUGCGGGAACAAAAGUCUGACCAAGAUCGCUACGACAACGAGGUGCGGAAGCGAGCUGAAGCCGAAGCAAAGCUCAAGCAGAAAAAGGCAGAACUGGAAGAAAAUCAGCGUCGUGUCGACAAGUUGGAUGAGUACAUUCGGACAAGUGAAGGCAGCCUUGCAGAGUACACACGCCAGGAGGCAGAGGUGACUCGUGAGGUAGACGAGGCAAAGAAACGAGUGGCUGAAAUAAACAAGGAGCUUGAAGCUCUCCUAAACGAACUGGGAGACGCCAAGGUGGACAAGCACGAGGAUUCCCGCCGAAAGAAAAAGACUCAGAUUGUGGAACACUUUAAAUCACUAUACCCCGGUGUGCAUGAAAGGCUGGUCAACAUGUGCACACCCAUUCACAAGAAGUACAACGUUGCAAUCACCAAAGUGUUGGGCAAAAACAUGGAAGCCAUUGUGGUGGAUUCCGAGAAGACUGGCCGCAAGUGCAUUCAGUACCUCAAGGACCAGAUGCUGGAAGCAGAGACCUUCCUGCCUUUGGAUUACAUUGAUGCAAAGCCCCUGAAAGAAAGGCUCAGGUCAAUAACUAGCCCUAAGAAUGUGAAGCUGCUUUAUGACGUACUGCAGUACGAGCCUCACGACAUCAAACGUGCUGUCCUGUAUGCUACAAACAAUGCGCUCGUGUGUGAGACGGCAGAGGAUGCCAGCAAGGUGGCCUAUGAACUGAAGGACGGGAAGCGCUACGACGCUGUCGCACUUGAUGGCACCUAUUAUCAGAAGAAUGGAUUUAUAUCUGGCGGCAGCACUGACUUGGCCAAACGGGCUCGCCGUUGGGAUGAUAAAGCAUUCCACCAACUGAAAGACAAGAAGGAAAAACUUACUGAGGAACUGAAAGAAAUGAUGAAGAAAACGCGAAAAGAAUCUGAUCUCAAUACACUGCAGUCGCAGAUUAGGGGCCUGGAUACCAGAAUCAAGUACUCAAGGUCGGAUCGGGAUAACACCCAGAACAAAGUCAUUGCUAACCUUGUCAACGAGAUUGCUCGUCUUGAGGAAGAACGCAGCAAGUAUGACCCACGUGUGAAACAACUGGAAGAAAGCAUGCGCAAGCGGGAAGAACAGAUAGGGAUAUUAAAAACAGCACAAAAUACCAUUGAAGAUGACGUGUUUUCAAGCUUCUGCAGAAGCAUUGGGGUUGAAAAUAUCCGUCACUAUGAAGAGAGGGAGCUGCGAGCAUCUCAGGAACGGGACCGUAGGAAGUUGGAGUUCGAAAACCAGAAGAACCGUAUCAUGAGCCGUCUGGAUUAUGAGAGGGUGAAAGACACAGCCGAAAAUGUCACAAAAUGGAAAAACGUCAUUGAAGAGGACGAACGUGCAUUGGCUGAGUUGAAGGAAGCUGAACAGAACCAGAUGCAGCUUAUUGAGAAGCAGCAGGAAGAACUGGAAAGGUUGAAAUCGAGCAAACUGAGUAAAAAGCAGGAACAGGACAAAGUGGAGGAGCAUAUGGCUGACAUCCGCAAGAAGCUGACGGCCAUCCAGAAGGACAUCACCUCUGUACAGAAGGCCGUUGCAACACUGGAAGGAAAAGUUGAACAGAAGAAGCAGGAGAGGCACAACAUUCUUCAGACUUGCAAGUUGGAGCAAAUCCCUCUCCGCUUGACUGAAGGUUCGCUGGAAGAUCUUGACCUUCAAGGCGAUGGUGGCGGAGGAGGAGGAGGAGGUGAUGACGCAGACGAGAGUGCAGACCUCUCUAGCACUCAAAGCACAGCUCGCCUCUAUGAGCGGGAGGCACAGGUUCAGGUGGACUUUGACAUACUCUCCGAGGAUCUCAUGGAGCUGGACACACCUGAGGAAGUCCGGAAAGAGGGCGAUCGCCUGCACAAAGAGAUUAAUGACAUGCAGAACCUCCUUCAAAGGAUCCAAGCUCCCAACAUGAGAGCUAUGGAAAAGUUGGAUGGGGUUAAAGAGCGUUUGAAAGAAACAGACACAGAGUUUGAAAAUGCUCGUAAACGUGCCAAGAAGGCCAAGCUUGCAUUUGAGAAAGUGAAGAGACAGCGACAUCAGAAGUUUACAACAUGUUUCGACAAGGUCUCCAACAGGAUUGAUGAAAUCUACAAGGCCCUCACAAACAACCAAAGCGCGCAAGCUUUCCUCGGUCCAGAGAACCCCGAGGAGCCUUAUUUGGAAGGUAUCAACUACAACUGUGUGGCACCAGGAAAGAGGUUCCAGCCAAUGAGCAAUCUGUCGGGUGGUGAAAAAACCGUUGCGGCGCUCGCUCUGCUCUUUGCCGUGCACAGCUACCAGCCUGCUCCAUUCUUUGUGCUGGAUGAAAUCGAUGCGGCGCUGGACAACACAAACAUUGGGAAGGUCGCACGUUUUAUCCGAGAGCAGACCGAGACAUCAUUCCAGUGUGUUGUCAUCUCUCUCAAGGAAGAGUUCUAUAGCCAUGCAGAUGCCCUCAUUGGCAUUGUUCCAGAUCCUGGUGAAUGCACUAUAAGCAGAGUGCUGACGUUGGAUCUCACAGAAUAUUCAGAAUCUUAAUUAAUUCCUGAAUUUUAGCUCAUGCAUUCUGCUCUUUCAUGUGCACGCUGACUGAUGAUCGGUGCCUGGUGCCCAUACAUAAGUUAUAUAUUGUCUCUACAUAGUCAUAUCUAAUAUCACUUCCCUUUGCACCUGUACGUAUUUGCAUAGUUUUCACCAGGCAUCGCAGCAUUAUUACAGUACUGUGCAAGAAAUUUUUAAACAUUGACUGCAGCAUGGUACCCAUAAUGGUUUGCUGUUUUGAAUUUUGCAUGAUGUCAAUAAAGAUUUCAUAGCA